AUGGCUCCACGGGGCCCGGCAAAGGCUCGCGACUUGGACUUCUCCAAUGUCGGCAAAGCCGGAAGGCGCACAGGUAUCACCCUGAAAGAAGGCAAGCGGGAUGAACAUGGAAUGGAAGAUGUCGACGGAAUAUUCUCAUCACCAGAAAAAUCGCCCGCGAAAGAAAAUGGAUUCGAUAGCGAAGAGUCAGUGGGCUCAGAGAUGUCCAUGGAUGAGGGCAACGGGCCCGGCCCUGCAGAUUUCCUCAAUGGUCUCAACGGUUCGCGUACUCCCCGCCUGCCUCCACCCGUUGCACGAUCACCAACAAAAACUGGCAUGACCGGGUCUCCGCGCAGAACUCCCGGAUUGCGCUCCUCCCAGAGUCCACAACGUGAUCUUCCGUCAUCGAGCCCAUCAGACGGGAGGAGUUCAAGGAGGGACUCGCGGCGGGACUCACGGCGGGAUGUCUCUCCACUCACCAACCGCUCUAUCAACGCCACACCCUCACUGGAACACUCCAAUACCGCACGCGCCAAGGGUCUGAAGAAGGCCGAAACAGCGGUACCAAUGUCUUUCUCCGACAGUGAUGCCAACGGUGACGAAAACGGCGAUGAGAAUGGGCAUUUACCGGAUCAAACCAAUUUCGUGGAUAGUUUCAAUGCUGGCGAUGAUUCACUUAUGGGUAAUAACUCAGAGGAGCAAGACGAGAACAGCGGUGCAGAAUUGCAGAAGGUCCCUGCGCCCGAGACGCGGAAAGGGCCAAGACGAGGUCGUAAACCAGUUGGAGGUGCAAAAGGCACCAAUGAUACUGCGGCACAGGAUGGAACAGAGGAGCAAUCAACAUCACAGAAGCGAAAGCGCCCUGGACGGCCACCUAAAGGUCAAGGCCAGCCAGUUCAAGACACAGAAGAACAACGCCCAGCGAAAAAGGCCAAAACCCCCGAACAAAAGCGUCGGAUCACUGGGCCGUCAGGCGACCCUGACCUGGACAAAGUAGUCGAAAAUCAUGUUAAUCGAACCGGGCCGCUCAAGGGCCGAAGUCUCUAUAUUCUCAAACGGGAGGCACCUACGGAUCCGUCUACUACACACACGCGCUCAGGACGUGUAUCCGUCAGACCACUGGCCUACUGGAAAAACGAACGGUGUGUGUACGGUGACGAGGGGGUAGCCGAAGGACAGCGAUACCCUCUCUCAAAAAUCAAGGAGGUCAUCCGAACUGAAGAGCUGGAGCCGGAGAAGAAACAAAAACGCCGAUCGAAGAAGUCAAAAUCGAGAAAGGUCAGGGAUGAUGACUCCGACUCCGACGAUGACCAGUACCGCGAUCCGUACGAAGAGAAGGGUGGUGUCCUACAUGGUUAUAUUAGGAAAUGGGACAAUGAAACGCAAACAGCUAUGGACGACGAGGAGGUGCUAGAUAUUGCAUACGCCCCAUCUGGCAUUGAGACCCGAAACGUCAAAGGCGCAGCUUUCAGAUUCGCUAAGCUUCUGAGUUCCCCCUUUAUCGGUUCAGGCAUUGUCGAACUACCUCCCGGAGGGGUCAAGAAACCAAAGAAUGCUAAGAAAAUGCAUAUGAUCUUCUACGUUGUUGGCGGGCGAGUUUUAGUGGAUAUUUCUGGCGUUCAAUUCAGCGCUGGCAAGGGGUGUGUUUUUCAAGUCCCGCGAGGCAACUACUAUAGUUUCGCCAAUACUUACAGCAGGGACGCACGGCUAUUUUUCACACAGGGCUGCAUACCUAGCCCGGCAGAAGGCGACGACGCACCCGGUUCUGCAACCAAAACCGACGCCCUCGAUGGCGAAUCAAACACCCCGCCGGCUCGUCCGAAGACUGCCGGUAAGAAGACUUCCGGUAAAGGCAGACCUAAGGGGAAGCAGAAGGCCGCUGCUUAA